AUGACGUCUGGCUCCAAACCGAACAACAUCAGCUUCACCCUGGCCAUCAGCAGCUGCGAAGCUGGUAGUGCCUGGCAGGAGGCCAUCCGCUUGCUGAGGCGCAUGCCCGGCAUCGGCCCCCCCAACGCUGGAGCCGCGUUGAACAGCUGCGCCAAAGGUGCUGCGUGGCAAAUGGCGCUGGAAGUGUUGGAGAAGCUGCCAGAGUGGCAGGUGGAGCCAGGUUUGGUGAGUUACAACAUCGCCCUAGACGCCUUGGUCAAGGGCCAGGAGUGGCAGCGCUGCCUACAUCUCUUCCAUCGGAUGCCGCAGCUUUCUCGCCAGCUCCAAUGGGACCGCUUCAGCUGCAGCUCAGCCAUCGCGGCCUGCGUCCGGGGUCAGCUGUGGUCAGAAGCCAAAGACCUGGCUGCACUGAUGCAAGGGACAAGGAGUUUGGGACCAGAAAACGGUGAGGCAUCUGGAGCCCUGGUCCCCACAGUACGCCUGGCAAAAGAGCUGGCAGUCGUUUGCUGCGUAGCCGUGGCCACGUGGACCUUUCUACCACCUGGCGCGCCGCGGCGGGCCUUGCCGCUGCUGCUGGCUGGUAGCGCUGGCGCUGGUCCGGCACGAGCAGUCAAGGGAAAGGCGGUGGAUGAAGAGUCAGCCGAAAUGGACAAGCUCGGAUCGAUGCUGGAGAAGAAAUGGGAAAAGGUGAAGCCUCGCUGCACCAGUCUAAAGAUGACUGGUAUCAAAGCUGGAUAUGGCGUGUCUAAGAAGAAAGAAUUGGAGGACACCGUGGUUUGCGAUGAUGGCGGGAAGCCUGAGUCAAAGGACCAAGAGUGA